CAGACAUGGGUGUGGCAUCUCACCAUCACCACUCUCCUUUCUUCUGUAUCAACAACAACAUCAGCACCCGCCCGCGGAACUGUGGAGUUCAUGAAAUACGCGGCAUCUCUCCCAGACUCCCUCCCGUCUUACUGGUCACGUGAUACGGACUCCUGGACGUUUGUUGACGUCGACGAGAAGACGUUCCAAGCCGUGGAGGCGAUGGCACUUGGCGCGUGGGACGGGGAACUUGUGGGUAAGGGCGAUGACGGCCGGGACCUCCACCACCGAGGCAUAAAAGUUCUAGCCGUUCAGAGAAUCGAAAACUCGGCUGUGUUUCGGAAAUACAACGCUUUCAGGAAAACUCUGCUAAACCGUAUGGACAAAGUGGCAACAAGGCUUGAUGAGAUUAGCGGGUCUAGAGGGUCUGUGUCCACUGACAAAUACCUGGCCAAGUUCAUGAGAGACGAGAUGUAUUCGGAGAUUAACGAGAGUUACCUGUUUCACGGCACCAAGGUCAAGUACGUUUCAAGUAUCGCUGGUAACGGGUUUAAUCUGUCGUAUGCCAGUCUUGGCCGAUUUGGUAAAGGGAUUUAUAUGGCCGAGAGGUCCACUAAAGCUGACCAGUAUACAGAUAGCAAUUUACCUGGUUCUAACCUUACAGAGAAGAUGCUUCUAGUGCGUGGGAUGCUGGGAAAUAUUUACCUCUGUCAAAGUGAGCAGUCUCGUUUAGGUAUCCGGAACUCCAGCAAGCCACCGACGACCGACGAUCACAACGUGCCCGCCGUCUUUGACUCCGUCGUGUCGGACCUCAGUGACCCCAUGCUCGGGGUCUUUAGGGAGUUCGUCGUGUACAGGGAGGAGCAGACGUACCCAGAGUACGUCAUAGAGUACACGCGCCUGUCGUCUGCGCAUCUGAUGACGUCAUCCCCGGUCCUGAUUACAGCCCUUGUCUACAUAUGGUUCUUGGCACGACAGCCAUGAUCCAAACUGAGAACGUUUUAUGGUUAAUUAUAUUAUGCAUAAGUUAAAUGUUAUAAUGCUAAUUUUUUAACAAUUAUCAAUCAUCAUGCUUGCGUUGAAACCGAACACACAUCGAGUAAAUGAAGUAGAUUGUAUCUGCUUCAAUUUUCUCAGCAUACAUGAUGAUACUCUGUUAAGUAAAUUUCCCUUUCAAACCUGACGGUCUAUGGGGCAAGUGAAUUAGAGUUCACUUGUUUCUGUGACCUCGGUAUAUGAAGAGAUAGUGUGGUCAGCACUAUGACC